UCCGGGAGUGAGUUUAGAGGCCGGCUCUCAUGGGUGGGAUAUGAGCGGAUCCCCGCGGCAGUUCCACAGGCACACGGAGAAUAAUAAUACUAAUAAUCAUAAUAUUAAUAAUGACAAUAAUGAUAAUAAUAAUGAUGAUGGUGAUGAGGAUGAUGAUGAUGACGGCACCGUGCAGGAGCACAGCGUUCCACUCCGCCGCCGCGCGCGCGCUCGUCCCGUGUCUGAUCUGCGUGCUUUUCGGAGCGGGAGCGCGAGUCUCGGGCACCACCGCCGUCCCGGGCGGGUUCAGCCUGACGCCGCCGUACUUUAACCUGGCCGAGGGCUCGACCAUCUCCGCCACGGCUACGUGUGGUGAGGAGGACAACGGCAACCCGAGGACGGACCUCUACUGCAAACUGGUCGGGGGUCCGACGGUGGGAUUAACCAGCCAUACUAUACAGGGGCAGUACUGUGACCACUGCAAUGCCAAUAACCCUGAGAAAGCCCACCCAGUGAGCAACGCCAUCGAUGGCACAGAGCGCUGGUGGCAGAGCCCGCCUCUCUCCAGGGGGCUGGUGUACAACCAGAUAAACGUCACGCUGGAUUUGGGUCAGCUUUUCCAUGUCGCUUACAUCAUUGUGAAGUUUGCCAACUCGCCGCGGCCGGAUCUGUGGGUGCUCGAGCGCUCCGUCGAUCACGGCAAGACCUUCACUCCCUGGCAGUACUUUGCACAUUCCAAACAAGAUUGUAUUGAAAGGUUCGGUAAGGAGCCUAACGGCAGAACCCUUGAAGAUGGUGAUCAGAUCUGUACGACGGAUUACUCGAGGAUCGUCCCGUUAGAAAACGGCGAGAUUUUCGUCUCUCUCGUAAACGGUCGUCCUGGAUCGAAGAACUUCGCCUACUCUCCAGCCCUGCAGGAAUUCACCAAAGCCACAAACAUCCGCCUGCGCUUUCUACGCACCAACACACUGCUGGGGCAUCUGAUCUCCAAGGCUCAGCGUGACCCCACUGUGACACGCAGGUACUUUUACAGCAUUAAAGACAUCAGCGUCGGAGGACGUUGUGUAUGUCACGGCCAUGCCCAUUCGUGCGGUACACGAGUGCCAGGCCGGCAAGAUCAUCUUCAGUGCGAGUGUCAGCACAACACCUGCGGAGAGUCAUGUGAUCGCUGCUGCCCUGGAUACCACCAGAAGGCGUGGCGUACGGCGACGGCCGACAGUCCCAACGAGUGCGAGCCCUGCCAGUGCCAUUCGCAUGCCACUGACUGUUAUUAUGAUGCCGAGGUGGAGCGCAGGAGAGCAAGUUUGAACAUACACGGCAGGUACGACGGCGGAGGCGUGUGCAUUAACUGCCAGCAUAACACAGCCGGGGUGAACUGCGAAGGGUGUGUCGAGGGUUACUACAGGCCACAUGGUGUCCCGCGAGAGUCUCCUACAGGAUGCAUACCUUGCAGGUGCGACAGCAGGACUACAAGAGGCUGCGAGAUGGGUUCAGGGCGUUGUCUGUGCAAACCCCAGUACAGCGGAGACCACUGCGAUCGCUGCGCCGGUGGCUACCACCGUUACCCACAAUGCACUCCAUAUUUAGAUCACCUGAUUAAGACUCCUGCUCCUCCAACUGGCAACGCUGUUGAUUGUCCCGUGGGGUUUUUCGGAGCACCCGACUGUCAGCCAUGUGUGUGCGAACGAGGUGGUACAGUUCCAGAGAUCUGCACUGUGUCUGGUCGCUGUUUAUGCCGUCCUGAGGUUACGGGCCAGAGAUGUGACCGCUGCCGUCCGGGCCGUCACUCCUUCCCGUACUGCCACUCGUGCCGAUGUGAUGGGCCUGGCGUAGUUGAUCAGACUUGUGACCCGACGGGUCAGUGUCGCUGUCAACUCAACUACGUUGGUCUGCGGUGUGAGCAAUGCGCCAUGGGAUUCUACGCAUACCCAACAUGCUCCCCAUGCCACUGUUCUCAAGAAGGCUCUGUUGAUCGGUCAUGUGACCCAAAAACAGGCCAGUGCAUGUGUAAUCCAGGCGUGACAGGACACAGGUGUGACCGCUGCGCCGAACCAGACCAGACCUUUCCUGAUUGCUUCGAUAUUGACACGUCCUGUAACCCAGCAGGGUCAGCCAUUGACGAUAAGGAUCCAUCAACGGAGGUGUGUAUCUGCCUGCCAUAUGUAGAGGGAGUUGAAUGUGAACGCUGCAAACCGCUUUACUGGAACCUGGAUCCUGUAAACCCAACUGGCUGUGUUGAGUGCAUGUGUGACGUUAAAGGGACUCUGAGUGGUGUGGGCGAGUGCCAUGAGGAAAGCGGUGAAUGUUCCUGCAAGCCGAACAUUUGCAGCCACGCCUGUGAUUCGUGUGACGACGGCUACUUCCUGCUGCAGAAGAAAAACUAUUUCGGCUGCCAGGGCUGCCAGUGCGAUGUGGGCGGGGCUGUAGGGCAGGGCUGUGAUGAGCUGAGUGGUCAGUGCCAGUGCAGGAAGAACAUGCGAGGCCGGACGUGCUCCGAGCCCGAGCCCAACUUCUACAUUCCUGACCUUCACCAUCUGAAGUUUGAGGCAGAGAAUGGCAUCACACCCAACGCCCGGCCCGUCCGCUUCGGCUACGACCCGAACGAGUUCCCAGGAUUCAGCUGGAGAGGUUACGCUACGCUCUCACGUGCUCAGCCUGAGGUGAUGGUGUAUGUCGCCGUCACCUCCCCUGGUCCCUUUACUGUAGUAAUGCGCUACACCACCGCCGGCCUGCACACGCCCGUGCGCGCGAGGGUCUCACUGGUGGCGGGAUCGAGCUUUAACUCUCAGUGCAGCUGGUCUGGAGACAGUAAAGAGGUGCUGUUUCCUCCCAGCCGCUCUCCCGCCCUCCUCACUGUUCCUGGAGACGGGUUCGCCCAGCCCUUCACUCUCAGCGCGGGGAAGUGGAUCGUGUGUGUGCAGGCUGAGGGAAUCCUACUGGACUACGUGGUGCUGCUGCCCAGUGCGUACUAUGAGGCCAGGAUUCUGCAGCAGGAGAUCACAGAGCCGUGUAGCUACAAGUCCAGAGAUGGAGACUGUCUCCUCUACAAGCACGUGCCGUUGGACGGGUUCCCAUCAGCGCUGGCGUCUCAGAGCCUGGGCUCCUCUCAGAGACACAGCCGCGUACGGCAGCCCACCGCCGACCAUCCCGAGCUGGUGUCUAUCAACGGCAGACAGCUGAGGCUGACGCUGCACGUCCCUGUGUCCGGCUCGCACGUCCUGGUUCUGGAAUACGCCAACGAAGUGGAUGCCAUCCAGAAUGUUAACGUCUAUAUCGGAGGACAACCUCAGGACCAAGUUGUAACCAGAGCUAACAUCUACAGCUGUGCUUAUAGCUUCCUCUGUCGCUCCGUGGUGGUGGACGGAGAAAACCGCAUCGCUCACAUCCUGCUUCCCCCCAAGGCUGAGAUCCUCCUGCAGUCCCCAACGCGCUCGGCCCUGCUGUAUCGAGUGUACGCCAUCCCUUCCGAUGAGUUCACCAUGGAGCUUGUCCAGCCCACGGUGCUCUGCGUCUCGCACCACGGACGAUUCACAGAGGACAGUAAGCACUGCAUCCAGAGACAGUUCAACACGCCUCCCACAGCGCUCACCUUAGAUGCCUCGGCCGUGAUCCGACCUUCUAGAUUCAGCACUCAGGCUUCAGGACGGUGCGAUGGACCUUUGCUCAAAUCACCCCAGACUGAGGUGGAACUGAGAGCAGAGGUGCCUCAGACAGGCCGCUACAUGUUUGUCGUGCACUACUGUCAGCCUGAGCACACUACUUUCCCUGUAGACGUGCUGCUGGAUACGGGGACGAAAUGGACGGGUCACAUAAAUGCCUCCUUCUGUCCCUCGGUGUCUGGCUGCAGGAGUGUGGUUAUAGCAGAGAGACGCAUCGCUCUGGAUGUCCUCCAGCAGAUUCUGUCCAUCACUCUGAAGAUCCCAAAGGGGAAAACCCUCACUUUGGAUUCCGUGCUGGUGAUUCCUGAGGAAAACUACAGCCCUGAACUCCUUCACCCCAAAGCUCUGGAUAAGGCUUCAGAUUUCAUCACUCAGUGUGGAGCUCAGGCAUUUCACAUCGACCUCCGCAGUGCCUCUGAGUUCUGUAGGAGCUCGGCCCGCUCUCUGGUCGCGCACUAUCUGGACGGCGCUCUGCCUUGUUAUUGUGAUAAGGCCGGAUCAACCAGCCCUACGUGCGAGCCGGUAGGAGGCCAGUGUCAGUGCAGGCCUCACGUGAUUGGGCUCCAGUGCUCUCGCUGCGCCACCGGCUUCUACGGAUUUCCAUACUGCAGACCGUGCGAGUGUGGCCGUCGGCUGUGUGAUGAGGUCACCGGUGAGUGUAUUUGUCCUCCUCAGACGGUGCGUCCUGCGUGUGACGUUUGUCAGAGCGAGACGUUCAGCUAUCACCCGCUGCUGGGCUGCGAAGGCUGUGAUUGUUCACCCAGCGGAAUCCAAAGAGGAGACGUGGGACAGUGUGACGUCACCACCGGCCAGUGCUUCUGUAAACCCAGGAUAGGUGGGCGGCAGUGCUCGCAGUGUGUCCCCGGUUAUUACCGUUUCCCUGAAUGUGUGGCGUGCUCGUGUAACCCCGGAGGAGUGACGGCGCAGAACUGCGACCCCAACACCGGACGCUGCGUCUGCAAGAGUAAUGUGGCGGGGCUGCGGUGUGACGUGUGCCGUAAGGGUUCGUUUCAUUUCGACCCAAGCAACCCAAAAGGAUGUACCGAAUGCUUCUGCUUCGGUGUGACAGAUCAGUGCCACAGCUCGGAAAAACGCAGAGGGAAGUUUGUGGACAUGCGCUUGUGGCGCCUGGUGACCGCUGAUCAUGACGAGGUGCCGAGUGUGUUAAACUCGCUCAGUAAUACUGUGGUGGCUGAUGUCCAGGAGCUUCCUGCGUCUGUGCUGCAGCUCCACUGGGUCCUGCCUCAGUCCUACCUCGGGGACAGGGUGUCCUCUUACGGGGGUAACCUCACCUACCAGAUCAAAUCUUUCGGUCUCCCGAAUGAAGGGAUGAGGCUCCUAGACAAGCACCCUGACGUUAUUCUCAAGGGAGAAAAAAUGACGAUGGUCUAUCAGGACCCUCAGUCGCCUUUCCCAGACAGGGUUUAUCAAGGUCGUGUGCAGCUAGUCGAGGGAAACUUCCGUCACAGUGGGACAAACAGACCCGUGUCCCGAGCAGAGCUGAUGCGAGUGCUGGCUCGGCUGGAGGCCAUAUGGAUCCGCGCGCUGUAUUUCCGACACACUCAGAGACUCAGCGUGGGCGAGGUGGGCCUGGAGGUGGCCAGCAGGGUGGGCACCGGGGCACCGGCUGGCACCGUGGAGGUUUGCUCCUGCCCACCCGAGUACACCGGCGACUCCUGUCAGAGAUGUACUCGCGGUUACUAUAGAGACCGAAAUGGGCGCUGUGUUCCCUGCGCAUGUAAUGGACGUUCAGACGAGUGUGACGAGACUACAGGAAGAUGUCUGAACUGCCAGGAAAACACAGCCGGAGAUCACUGCCAGCGCUGUAAAGAUGGUUACUAUGGCAACGCCGAUCUGGGAACCUGCGCGAUCUGUCCCUGUCCACUUCGCCAGGAGAGCAACAAUUUUGCCGUGGGCUGCAGUGAGACGUCUGGGAGAAUCCGCUGUCAGUGUAAACCAGGAUACACAGGAGAACACUGUGAGAGGUGUGCUCCCGGGUACUUUGGCAGUCCGAGUGAAUACGGAGGCAGAUGUCAGCCGUGCAACUGCAACGGGAACUCCUGCUCGUCCACCACCGGAGUGUGCAACUACGUCCAGGACCCCAUCGACACGAACCCCGCGGAGAAGUGUACAGAGUGUGACAGCUGUGCCCAGACCUUACUAAAUGAUCUGGAGCGCCUGGAUGGGGAGCUGGAGCGGCUCAGGGUGCAGCUGCGCUCCAUCGAUUCCAACUCGGAGGCGUAUCGGCGCCUGAAGGAGCUCGAGAAAGCCAUUGCUGACGUGAAGAAAAUGGUGACAAAUUACUCAACUGUCGUGGACGACCUGAGGCCCAAAGUGACCGAGCUGGAGCAGGAAGUACGCCUUCUGAAUGGAGACAUUAACAGGCUGAAGCAGGAGGCUGAGAAAAAGUCAAAUGAGGCCCAAAAGGCGAUCAAAAAUGCAGACAAGACUCACAACAAAGCAAAAGAUCUCAACAAUCAGGUGCUGGACAUGCUCAGGAAAAUCCAAGAGCUCCUGAAGCAGCUGAACGAUCCGUCAUCGGGAGGCGGCAGCACACUUCCUUCAGGAGACGCGGACAAACUGCUGAAGGAGGCUGAGCGGCUGGUGCAGGCGAUGCAGGACAGGAGCUUCAAACCUCAGCAGGACGCUGCGGAGAAGGAACUGGACGAGGCAAAGAAACUGUUAGAUUACAUCAAAAACAACUGCACAAAGCAGUUAACUCAGAACCAGGAGGCAGCUGAGAGGAUCAGGAGGCUUCUGGAGGACUACGAGAAGAAGCUUAAGGAUCUGGAAAAGUCCCUUAAGGAAGCUAAUGACAAUGUGCAGGAAGCCAACACACAGAACACACUCAACGCUCAGACCCUCAGCGAUCAGAUGAAACGCAUCACCAGUCUGGAAAAGGAGAAAGCCAAUGUGGAGAAGGACAUCGGUUUGGCGAAGGAUCAGCUGAAAGACGUUGAAGACCUGCUGAAGAUGCUCAGUGACAGUAAGAAGGAAUAUGAGGAGCUCGCUGCAGAGCUGGACGGAGCGAAGACCGAGCUGACGGACCGAGUGAACAGCAUCUCCCAGAAGGCCGCUCUGGAGGGGCUGGUGAAGGACGCCGAGGAUCACGCCGCGCUGCUCAACAAGCUGGCUAACGAACUCCAGGAGGCCGUAAAGAACUCGAGCGGCCGAGCCGAUGUGAAGGACGCCCUCGCCGCCGUCGACGCCUACAAAAACAUCACGGAGGCAAUCAAGGCAGCCGAGGAGGCAGCAAACAAGGCCAAGAAGGCAGCUGACAAGGCACUGAACGACGUGAUUCAGGGCGAUAUAAGCAACAGGGCAAAGGAUUUGAAAGACCAAAGCGCGUCACUCCUCAAAGAUUCUAAACAAGCUGAGAAAGAUCUGAAGAAUCUAACGAAUAACCUGAAGGAUCAGCAGCAGCGCUUGAAUGGUGCUGAGAAGAAGAAAACCCAGCUGGAGAAAGAUCUGCGUGACAUCAACAACAAUCUGAACGACAUAAAGAGAGACGACAUCGCUACGAUGAUCGAUAUCGCCAAGAAAACUGCACAAGCCGCCAACGCCACAGCUGGCGCCACGAUGGACAAGCUGAAGGACAUAAACAAAGAACUUGACGCUUUAAAAGCGCGAAACAUUACCGGAUCUCCAGACCAGGGCAACAUCGACCGCAUGCUCGAGGAUGUGGACAUGGCAGUGAAAAACCUGAGCAAAUCAAUCCCGUCACUGCUGGAUAAAUUCACUCAGGUGGAGAAUCUGAGUUCGGAAAUUGACCCCAACAACAACAUCUCCUACAACAUCAUGCGCAUUAAAGAGCUGAUCGAAGAAGCACGCAGCGCCGCUAACAGGGUUCCUGUGCCCAUGAAGUUCACUGGUGUGGAGUACGUGGAGCUGCGACUCCCCCGAACCCUGGAUGACCUGCGAGCCUACACAUCGAUGACUCUUCUCCUGCAGCGUCCUGCAUCUGAGAAGCGAGGGGACGGCAGACGCCGGCGUCGCCAAGUUAACAAUAAUGACGGAGAUCUGUUUGUUCUCUAUCUCGGAAACAAAGAUGGGACUAAAGACUACAUGGGCAUGGUUCUGAGGAACAACAUCCUCUUUUUCGUUUACAAGCUGAACGGUGUUGUUACGGAGAUCGAGUCAAACGAAAUCACUCUUUCGAAACCAGAUCGUAUCUUCUUCGAUAAAGUGGAUGUGAGCAGGAUUUAUGAGGACACCCAGGUCAAUCUCACAAAGUUAUUCACUACGAACUCUCCCGACCCCGAAAUCAUAAACUCUAAACAAGGAGAUCCGCUUUUUAACCUGCUGGACCUCAAUUCCACUAACGCGGUCUUCUACGUAGGAGGUUACCCCGAUGACUUUACUCCUCCACCGCUUCUUCAUCUCCCCAAAUACCAGGGCUGUAUCGAGUUCAACACGUUUAACGAGAGGUUAAUAAGUCUGUACAACUUUAAAUCACUGGGACCCGAGAACGUUAAUUUGCAGACACCGUGCAAGAGAUACAUCCGGCCAGUGGAGGGCGAAUACCUUGAAGGCACCGGUUAUAUUCAGCUGCAGCUUGAAAAGGUGCCCAAGAUACUGCAAUUCACCCAGACGAUCGAGACUCAUGCAGAGAACGGCAUCAUCCUGUACAUGGGAAAUGAGACUUCCUACUACCUCAUUACUCUUGAGAAUGGCUACGUGGUGCUGAGUGGCAGAGUAGGAGACAAGCAGCUGGAGACCAAUAGGAGCAGCGAGCCACAAGAUAUCAACGGGGAGAUGAGGGUGAUCUUUGACGGUGCUAAAAAUAUCUUAAUGGUCCGGAUAAAAGGCAAAGAAGUGGUAACCGGUCGGUACUUUCAAGGCACUUUUGACAGCUACUUCAUCGGUGGCAUACCCUCAGAUUUAAGACGCAGAGACAACAUCACAGUGGUACCUCUAAAAGGCUACGUUAAGAAUGUGAAUGCAGCUGGCAAAGCUCCUUCUCCAUUAAAUAAAGUGGGUGUUGGCCGGAGCUAUAGCAACCAGAUUCUGGCAAUGAGGAAGGCAGACUUUAGCGCCGGCGGGUCGCUGGACUCUCCACCCACCGGCUUCAGCCUGGAUGGACCUCUGACAGUCUCACUGGGAUUCAAGAGCACUGAGAAGGACGGCCUUCUACUGCAGAACAGACAGGCUAGCAAAGACAUUGCGCUCUCUAUGGCGGAUGGAUUUGUGGUGCUUAAGUACCAGAAUCGUGUUUGGAGAUCCACAAAACAAUACCAAGAUGGAAAAUGGCACUACGUUACUGCCACCAACAAGAACGGAAGAAUGGAACUCCGAAUUGAUGAAGACGACAAAGGAGAGACUUUCACACAGUCCCCCAAUCUAGCAUUCCAUGCCAGUAACGUCACGCUGGGUGCGGGCACCUUCACGGGCUGCUUGUCCAACGUCUACUUAAGAAGAUCCGAUGCUUUGUACCAGCCAGAGGACUUAAGUCAAUUUUUCCAGACGGGAAACGUGGUGAUAGAUGCUUGCACGUCCGAGCAUCAGCCCGAGGACAUGUGGGCCAACAGGAGGAAGGACAGCAAAGACGAGAUAAAGGAUGAAGUAGUCUCUAGCUGCUUCCUCCCGACUCCGAUCCCACAUUCCUUUCACCUCGCAGGUGUUUCCAGCAGUCUAAGCUACACCAUGCCCUCUAAAGCUAGCUUACACAGGCCCUAUUUCAGCUUGGAUGUGAAGACGAGGUCAUCAGAGGGUCUGUUGUUCUACAUCCCCGCCGAGCAGGAAAAGUAUCACCUGGCUCUUUACGUGUCUAAGGGAAGAAUCCGAUUGUCAGUCGGCCGCCGGAGGGAAAUCUUUAACAGGGAGAAGUACAACGACGGAAAGUGGCACACGGUGACACUGAGUCUGGAAAAGCGCAGGUUUCGGCUGGUGAUUGACGGGCUGAGGGCUCAGGAUGGUGUGCUGAGUCCAGGAGAGAGCGCGUCCUUUCAGCUCAGCACAUCUGUGUACAUGGGCAGCCCUCCACCACACACACACUCUGAUCUGAAGUGGAAGGCUUUGCCGGUGCAGGGCGUGGUCGGGUGUGUCCGGAAUUUCCGGAUGAACGGUUCGGCGUUGGCGGCGCCUGCACUGAAUCGCGGUGUGGGUCUGUGCUUCGAGGGGCAGAUGGAAAGCGGGGCAUACUUCUCAGGGCAGGGAGCUCACGUCAUCAUCGAUGAGUCAUUUGGAAUAAGCCAAAAGUUUGACCUCGUGUUCGAGAUGCGUCCUAGUGUCGAGACGGGUCUCCUGCUGCAGGCUGGAAACUCAGACCAUCAUCUCACCGUGUUCAUGAGGAAAGGAGAGGUGGUGGCUCAGGUGAAUAACGGCGGCGGCAGGUUCAAUGUGUCUGUUCAGCCAAAGCAGUCUCUGUGUGAUGGCGUGUCCCACAGAAUAGCAGUUAUCCAGCAGAACAAUGUGGUGGAGAUGCACGUGGACACCGAGGGCAAAUAUAUGAUCGGCCCGAACUCAUCUUCUCCUACCAAGGACAAAUUUCCUGUUUACGUCGGAGGUGUUCCAGAUCGUCGGAGGUUCCCGUUCCUCCCUAUUACUGACCCCUAUGUUGGAUGUCUCCAAAACAUGGUCUUUAACAGGGAUCUGGUGGUGUUUGAAAAGCUCUCCGGAGUGUUCGGUCCUGUAAAUGUGCGAGAGUGUCCAGCUACCCUGAGAGCGCCUUCUUCACAGUGACGUCAUUUCCACUGCUGUAGGUUUAUAAAUGUAAGUGUAAGACCAGGAAUCAUGAGUGUUAUAAGUCAGGGUGUUCCCCGUUGUGUCCUUUAGUGUGUCCUGCUCUGUUUUUUCCCUGUUAAAUACAAAAGUCACGGUUAAGUUAUUGUGGAUGGAGCUAUAGCCAAAGAGACAGAUCACAACUGUUUAAAGACUAAGACCUACGGGUAUCUUCUAAUUGGAUACAUUAAUUUACUAUCUGGUCUUGUUUGCGCAUUAUUUCUACACCCACUAAUUUAAUUAUUUUAUAAUAAUGUAUGUGAGAUAUGAUGCCUUGUACUGUAACUCUGACCACUUUAAUGUUAUGUUUACCAUCUGAUUGUCAUUUCUACAAGC